GUUUUGCUCUUGGCAUUUCUCCUGGAGUGUUGGACAACAAGCUUCAUAUUGAACAUUCCUUGGCCUUUUCUGAAAUCAUAUGGGCUCUCAGGUGGGUGACCACCUUCCAGGUGAAGGGUCAGUCUAUUAAGGAGAACUGUGGCAAAAGUCUUAUCAAUAAUGACUAAGACAGAGACCACUGUGAUUGUCUGAGGACAACCUAAAGUGUAUUCAUUUAUUACAGAGGUAGAGAAUGGAGGUGUACUUGAUCUCCUGGGGGAUAGCCUCCCCUUUCCAUAUAACCUGAAAGAUUUAGUCAGCUUUUAUAUGAGCAGUGGACCCCUUGCUUUAUAAAUCUCUUUUGGAAUGCAAUCAGCAAUAGGUUCUUUGACACAUGAGAUGAGUCUGAUGGCAUUUGAAAUCUCUUCUUCAGUUGGAAGUUUGGCUGGGAAGGAAUUGACUUCAACCUGAAGUAUAUGGCCAAUGGCUUCAGAUUAAAUGGUGAUAAUCUGUUGGAAAUACUAUGGAAGUAUUCAGUCCAUUUCUCCAAGAUCAUGUCCUUAUCACUGAUCAAUGUAGCUCCUUAUGCACUGUGUAGUUAAGAUGCACCAUAUAAUUUUGGCCCAUAUAGCCUUUAGAGUAUUAUACAUAGAAAUGCUCUGGGUUGUUCCUUUCCACAUAAAACUGAAUUUAAUCUGUCUUCUUGCUAAAGUAAGAAUCCUACAUCUCUCUAAGCUACUUAUGCUUUUAAAUUUUGUGAGGUAAACAUUGCCUUGUUCGAGUCUGAUGAACUAUAGUGAAGAUAAACCCUGUGGAGUACUCAUUUUUCAUUUAAUAUCUUUCUGAAUUUCCCUAUUGUUGUCAUCAAACCAAUUCUGAUGUUUGUCAGUGUUCUGACUCAGAUGAGUAAAUGAGUAAAUUAAUCUGAAAUCUCUGAAAGCUGCCCAAUUUAUUUCUGUUACACUUUUACAAACCCCUUGUUGUCUCAGCCUUCCCUCCAAGUGAGUAACAAAUUGUUCACACAGGGAGAAAUGUUCUAAUCUAUUGAUGCUAAGUCUUCUAGUCACCAUCUUUUUGCCUUGGGGCUGCCAUUUUUGUUGAAUGCAAAUGUUUAGCUUGGAGAGGAUGAAUCUAUGAUCAGUCCAUCACUCUGUGCCACAAAUCACUUUAGUCAAACUCACAUCCUGUCUGUAUCUUCUCAUACUGAUAUAGUCUAUUAAAUGCCAAUGUGUGCUUUGAGGGUGCAUCCUUGAAAUUUCAUUGCAUUAGGUAAAGAGAAGACAGUGUUGGUGAUGAGAAGGUCACAAGACUCACAAGUCCUCAGUAAUGACUGUUCUGCUGCUGCUAUUUCUGACUCCUUUUCUCCCAAAGACCUCCUGCUAUGCCCAAUAGGCUGUGCCUAAUCUAAUAUUAAAUUCAAUGAGAAAUACAAGCAAAUCAUCUUUUGGUGCUCUGUUGAUGAGGGUCUCCAGGUCUUCAUAAAAUUUGCUCAUGAUAAGGGUUUCUAGAUCUUCAUAAAAUUUUCCUUUUAACUGUAUUGGGGUUCAUCAUGGUGGAAGCAUAGGCACUAGUGAUGGUGACCUGGCACUUUCCUUCAAAUCACAAUCAUAUUGCCAUAAGCCUGUCAUUCACUACUUUGGGAGGAGGCAUACAAGCUUGUUGACUAGAUUAGAAUUGAUUAAGAAUCCUACAUUAGCUUCAAAACAUUCCUCAUCCCAAUAGGCAGUCUAGAAAAAUGUGGACCCAGCUCCAACUUGGCUAUGAUGGGAUUCAUUUACUCAUCUUAUUUCACUCAGGGCUGCUCUUUGCAUGUGAUUCCUCCUAAGUUCUCUCACAAUAAGAGCUGUUCUUCUUUCAGGUCUAUUGGAUUCCAUGUUGGCCAUAAGUGUGCACACAUUCCGUGCACUAAUGAUGAGUGAAAUCAUCUAUGCCAAAACUUUUGUACAUUUUGUGUGUGUUUUAAGUCCAAAGAAGGAUUCCUGCUGUGGUAAUUAAUUACCUGGUUAGGUAAAUUGGCCAAUUUUUAGGGCUCUUUUUCUAGCCUUUUCUUCAUGCAUGGAGGUGAUCACUGUGAUCCUUAAAAAAAGACUGCUCAGAUACCCAGGGGUCUGCUAUAUUCCACUGCUUCUUCAAUUCAGUGACAAGAUUAUCCUAUGUCUUGAGCCACCUGUAUGUAGGGUUGUGACUAUAAUUCCCAGAGUAUUCACAGAUGCUACUUCAUCCCUUGCCUGUCUUUGAUAUAAAGGUAAAAUAAGAAGAUAAUGAGAUAGCACAAUAGUAAAAAUGUACAAUGGUAAAGGCGAUGUCUUUUGAGUGACACCUAAAUUGUAUCAAAGUGAGUCAGAGUUGCAUGAAGUCAUUAGCCUCACUCUCUCUCCCAGAGUCAUCAACAUCCAGUGGCAAGAGAAAAGCCCAUAAGACUGAUGACUCAGGACUCAGUGGAUGGUCCUCCUUCUUUAAUGCAUGAAAUGAAAAAUAUAUAAAAAGGGGAGAGCAGGUGAGGGAUAUAAUCAUUCCAUGAAUCUCACUCUCAUCUGAAUCAGAAAGGAGGAUUAAACACACACACACACACACACACACACACACACACACACACACCUUGCUUGCUUGUAUUUGUAGUUCCAUCGUUUAGCAUGGUGUCUGGCAUCUAGUAAACCCUAAGUGUGCUUAAUAAAUGAUUUCAUUUCUUAUCUCUGUGUAAGAAAGAGGCAAGUCCUCAAAAACUCUAUUCCUAAGUCCAUUCAUCUUCUCUUUCUAGUUAACUAUCAACACAUAUUUUGAGGGGAAAAGGGCAGUUAAAAAUUAAGCUCCACUGUAAAAUAAACUUUAGUAUCUGGUGAAAUUGAAGAUGCCACCAGAUAAGAGGUAUUUAAUCUUUCAAUCGUGUAUGACAGUGAGAACAUCUUGGUGAAGAAAGAAGGAGCAUUUGGUUCUUCUUCAGUAGGUGAAGCCACUCUCUGGGAAAAGACCAGCCUUAUGGAUCCUUCAAACACUGCCAGCAUCUCAGAGAAGGAUGAUACCGAUCUACAGAAAGAGGAAGGAAAUGAGCAGCAGCAUAGGAAAGAGAAAAGGUUCUGGUCAGUAAGAUAUGGCUUGGCUGUUAUGAUACAUGGCAGCAACCUAAUAUCAACCUCCCAAACUUUUGGUCUGAGCAUUGCCAUCAUUGCCAUGGUGAACAACACAGGCCAGUCAAACCAGUCCAAUCUUUAUGCCUCUACAGAUGCACAGGUUCCUGUAUAUGAGUGGAGCCCAGAGGACCAGGGCUUCCUACUCAGCUCUAUCCUCUAUGGCAUAGUGAUCAUUAUAAUCCCAAGUGGAUAUGUGGCUGGAGUUCUUGGAGGAAAGAAAAUAUCUGGGAUUUCACUGCUUAUCUCUUCAGUUCUCAUCCUCUUGAUACCACUAGCAGCAGACCAGGGACUACCCUACCUGAUAUUCACAAGGAUAUUACAAGGCCUAGCCCAGGGGAUGAACCUUUGUGCUCUACAGGCACUUUGGCCAAAAUGGGCUCCUCCCUUGGAACGAACUCAAAUGAGUAACAUUGGUUUUUCUGGUACAACAUCAGGAAAUUUCAUUAUCAUAUUAGUGGGUGGAUUCCUCUGUCAGUCCCUGGGCUGGCCAAGUAUCUUUUAUAUAUGUGGAGGGAUUGGCUGUGUCUACAGUAUUAUCUGGUUUUUUCUGGUUUAUGAUGAUCCCACGAAUCACCCAUUUAUAAGUGACAGUGAAAAGGAAUACAUCGUUUCUUCAUUGGCUGGACAGGAUAGUUCUCCUCAUUGGUCUAUGCCAAUCAAAGCUAUGAUGACAUCACUGCCACUUUGGGCUAUUAUAUUUGCCUCCUUUUGUCGAUUCUGGUUAGUUAGCAACUUAACAACAUCACUGCCAAUGCUCUUAAACAAUAUCUUUGAUUAUAGCAUUGAAAUGAAUGGGUUUCUGAGUGCACUGCCUCUUCUUACUUCAUGGAUCACUAUGAUUAUAGGAAGUCAAAUAGCUGGUCUCCUUCUGUCCAAGAAGAUUCUCAGACUCAUCACAGUUCGAAAGCUCUUCACAUUCCUGGGAAUGUUCAUUCCAUCUUUAUUAGUGUUGGCUAUGCCAUAUGUCGACUUCUUGACUGCUAUAAUCUUUCUGAUAUUGACUUCAUCAAUAAGUGUUCUGUGUUUCUCUGGAUUCAUCAUUAAUUCCCUAGACAUUGCUCCCAGAUAUACGAGUUUUAUCACGGGACUGACAACUCUUGCAUCAUCAGUUUCAGGGGUUUUUUCUCCCACUAUUACUGGCUACUUCAUCAACCAGGAUCCUGAAUCUGGCUGGAAGAAUGUUUUCCUUGUAUCGUCUGGUGUUAAUUUUUUAGGAAUGGUUUUCUUCCUCAUCUUUGGUAAGGCAGAAAUCCAGGAUUGGGCCAAAGAGAAUACAAUCACCCGCUUCUGAGUGCCCAUUGAUAAUGAGAAGAAAAUUAGUUCUUCAAAGGACAUCUUAAGGAUUUUCAGUGUUAUCCUCAGUUUCUUAAAUCUCACAUGCCAACAUAUGCUAAGGUCAGCCUUGUCUUUCUAAUAUCUACAACAUCUCACCUAUCAUCUCUCUAGUUCAGGCCCUCAUCACCUUUUUUGGUCUCUUCCCCUCAUUUCUUCCCCAAUUGGAUCUGUCAAAUGGUUGACAAGAUUAUUUUCCUAAAGCACAGAGCUGAUCAUGUUACUCCCCUCUAAAAAACUAAUUCCACUGCCUCUUGAUUGCAUCUAAGAUAAAAUAUCAACUCUAUUUGAAAUUUGUAGCUCUUCAUCCCCCCUGGCUCUUUCAUACCUUUGCAGUCAUCUUCUUUAUAAUUCUGCCUUUCACACUCUGCAUUCUAGACCAACUAACCUGCUUUCACAUUAUUUUGUAUCUAAGACAUUCUCCAUCAUCCCUCUCCAUGAGUUUUCACUCACUGCCCUUCAUGCCUGGAAUGCAUUCUCCUUUACCUCUGCACCUUGGGAUACCAGAUUUUCUUCAAGAUUCCACUCAAGUGCCAUCUUCCUCAUCAAUCUUUUCCUGGUCCCCUCCCCAGUUGCUAGGGGAUGGCCUCCCAAAACGUACCAAUGAUGUCUUCAUUUUGUACUGAAGAAAUUAAAAGUAUUCUGUAUCCUUUAAUAAUUGAUUCUAUUAUGUACUGGAUCUUAUCCUGUAUUAAAAUGGAAUUGUCAUUCCAUUUGUCAAUACUCAUAUCAUUAGCCCCUGUGACAUUUGCUUGUUGUCUGUAGGUCCCAAACAGCUUAAUCUGGUUCCAUCCCUAAAAAGAAAUGUUUCUAUCCUUGCUUGUCCAUGUGCAGGUAGAAAAAAAUUUGAUCUUCUCUAAGGGGUCAGUGAGGGUGGUGGAACUGAGCCCCUAGCAAAGAUUACAAGGGGUUUAUGGGUCUCAUAGAACAAUUCACAAUCCUCAAUUGUCAGAGAAGGGGUAUGAGCAGCCCCACCCGAGUGCUAAUCAGCUUUUCUUAGGAUAGCCAAUUGUAAUGAUCCCUAGCUACCUGGACCCAUGUCAACAGAGAAGGUUCUCCCCACUUCUCAUUGAGGUGGCUGGUCUGACCAACUUCACUAAUAGUUAAAUACAUCACUGUUAAUUAACUAAAUUUGCUUUACUCACAACAGUGUGGAGGGCCCACCAGGAUCAGAGGAAAGAUCCAUUUCCCCAAACACUCUUGGCAGAACUCGUCUCUUCUCUUCUGGGUGCCCCUGGUGAAAUUUUUCACUUGAAGGGAUGUUUUUUUCUAGAAAAGUGUGGUAAGAUCAGACUCUACCCUCAAACCCCCAAAAUCUCCUCUAAGCUACAAGGUAGGCACCCCAUUAGGGAAAAGUUACAUUUUUGUCCCCUUCUGUCUUGUGUUCAGUGAAAUAAUCUGGAAAUAACUGGCAAUAUAAACCCAGGUAAAUCCCCUGGGGACAACCCCUCCAAGAAAUUGUUUCCCCUCAAGGAAGAUCCCUAAUUGAGGUUCCCUAGUACUUAGCACAAUGUUGGGCAUAAGAGCAUAAUGAAUGCUUUUUUACUCAUUCAUUCAUUUUACUCAUUCAUUUGAGGAAAAUAAUAGUUUAAAGAAAUGUUGGUGAGAAACCCAACUAGACAAAGUCAUCAUCAGGACAUGUAAGUAUGAAAUUGGAAGGAAUACAACAAAUAGAAGGUUGAAAUUACUUGGCAGUAGUUCUAUGCCCCAUCUUUUAAUGAUCAAAUACAGUGGAAGAGUUGAAGAACUAAGAGUACAGAGGAAUAGAUCAUCAAAAAACAAUACUAAAGUCAGUGAAUGCAAUAGAAUAUAAUGGGGUAAAGAGAGACUGUCAGCUAGGUGUCAAAGUUAUUGCAAAACAUCAAAGAAUGACAGCAAGGCGGAGAGAGUAUUACAUCUGUCUGGAAAAUGCCAUAGAAAUGAACUCCAAUGGAUGUCAAUGCAUGAUAAUGAAAAACACACAUUCAAAGGGGAAGAAAAACAGAUUUUCUAGAAGUCUGCAUCAAUAUCUGGAAGAAAUGAAGCUAAAGGGUUUUUAAAGUUAAAUAAAAGCUAUAGAGGAAUCCAGGUCACAUGAGCAAAAGGAUAGCAGCUUAGAUAUUUUCUCCAAUGUCCUCCUCUCACACCUCUCCAAAAUAGAAAUAUGAAUGAAAGACAAAACAACUUCAGCUGUAACCAUAGUUUAGGACUCCCAGGAUCCAAAGGAAGGUGUCAAAAGAAAACAAAAAAAACAAGGAAUUGACACUCUAACCCUGUGCUCACUAAGCACCUGUACUCCUCUGUUCCUCCCAUGCCACCAACAGCAAGAAUACAGUGGCAGACCCAAGGACACAACACAGGCUUACUCCAAAACCCAUCCUUAGAUAUGUAAUGUGUGUUUAUAUAAACAUAUACACUUUAAAAAUAGUUUAAAAAUACCAAAGAAUCAGCGAGAGAAAUACAAGGAAUGGUCAGCUUCUACUAUCAAUGAGGAGAUCCUGGAAUAUAAUUUCUAGAAGGAAAAAGAUAUAAUAUCAAGAAUUUCUCUGCAAAACUGAGAAUAAUAUGGAAACAGAUAUGUAGGGGAAAUAAUAUGAAGGGGAAAUUGAUCUUUUAAAAAAAAUUGCAAACUUUCAAAUGUCCCUCAUAAAAAGAACAGAUUCUCAGUAGAAUCUUUGAAAUGGAAAAACACGACUCAAAAGAAAGCAAGAAUGACUAACUUAUUUUAGCAAGCAGAAGGAGCUAUAAAAUGAGGAGAGAUUCUAAUGGAAGAGAAAAAACAAGUAUCCUUUCAGAAUAUGGAGAAAGGGAUGGGUGUAAUGGCCACAAGAAGAGCCUAGUUCAUAAGCAAAACAAAUGUCAGCUUCAGGUGAAUCCCAAAGAAAAUAUUCAUAGGGGAUCAGGCAGGCAGGGAAACAAAGAAGAGGUAACUAGAAUCUGGGUGAGAGAAAGGAAGAGAAGAAAGGCAGAAGAACAAAAAGCAGCUUAAUUGAUAUAAGUUACCACUUUCUUCUUUGUAAAAUGGUAAUGUGGAAUACUAUCCAUUUUAGACAAAAGUCCACCAGAUAUUAUUUUAAAACUGAUUAUAAUGAUUCAAAAUCUUCCUCCUUAUACUGUGAAAGAGGUCCCAAGAUGGGCAGUUAAGACGAUACAUACUCUCCCUCAAAAACCCUAAUCACUCAAUUCCCCAACCUAUUCACUUAUCAGGAGCUGCUAUUCACUCCAUCUCAGAUACACACAAAGAUGGUCACCCCUUUGUUUUUGCCAUCACCCACAAACAAACAACCUCCAUGUUCAAGAAUUAUGAGGCAAACAGACCAGUUUCAAGAUCUUUCCCUGAAACUCUGCAGAAACCUUAGGUGGUAGUUCUCCACAGAAGUAUGGCAGGAAUGAAUCAUGGUUGUCCUAUGAUAAGCAAAUACAUCUCCACAUAUCCCAGUCUUGGCCUUCAUUUGAUCCUGAGGCUUCAAGUGAACCAGUUAAAAUCAAGGAGAAAGAGUCUGUUAAUCACUUCACUAUUUUCAAUGCUUCUACCUCAUGUGGGAACAUAAUUGUUAAUGGGCAACCCAAUACUAGAUCGACAGUUUUUGUCAUUAGUAAGGCUGUAGCAGCUACUCCUCUAAGACAUGGUGGUGCUCCUGAUGCUACUGGGUCCAGUUGGGCAGAAUAAUAAGCAAUUGGGCACUGAGAAGGUUCCAAAAUCUGAGUUAAAACACCUGAAGCUACUCCUCUUCGCUCAUGUACAUACAAAGUAAAUGGAUUGUUGUAAUUGGGGAUGCCUAGAGCAGGGGCAGACAGGGUAGCCUGUUUUAGAUCUGAUAGAGCUGACAAGUGUUCAGGCUCUAAUUUGAGGGGUUCAGGGACCAAAUCCUUUGUUAAUGCUAUAAGGGGUUUAGUGAUUUCCCCAUAGCAAGAAAUCCAUUGUCUGCAAAACCCUAUUGCUCCUAAAAUUACUCUCAACUGUUUCUUAGUAGUAGAAGGGCUUAAAUUUUGAAUAUUUUCAAUUCAUUUUGGAGAAAUGUAAUAAGCACCCGCAGUCAGGAUGAACCCCAAAUAUUCUACUUUAGGGAGACACCACUGAACCUUAUCCUUUGAGAUUUUAUGCCCUCUUUUGUGCAAUUCCAAAAGAAGGGGUUUGCUAGCUUCCUAACAUGUUUCUGAGUCUGUUGAAGCCAAGAGUAGAUCAUCUAUAUAUUUGAUUAAUUUACUAUUUUUAAAUGUUAUAUUAUCUGUGUCUUGGUCAAAAUUUGUGCAAAUAAACUUGGGCUUUCCAUGUAA